AUUACUCUGCCAUUUUGAAUUUUCUGAUCGCUAAAUGUCGUGAAUUACGAAAGUGUAUUAUAGGGAUAUUAAGUUUUUAUUAUGUUAAUGAUUAUUUUGGUGAUUUGCACGUUUAGUGAGGAGUGAUUUUUUUUUUUUGUGAACAUGUUGUCACAUUUGUUUAUAUUGUUACUUUUGGGAAUUACAGUGCUGUUUCGUUGUACGGAUUCUGUCGAUCUUCCACGUUUUGUUGGACCAGGGUCUAAUGUCACUGUGGCUGUCGGCAGAGAUGCUGCACUUACUUGCAGAGUUGAUAACUUACAAUCGUUUAAGGUGGCAUGGUUACGAGUGGAUACGCAGACGAUUCUAACGAUAGCUGGUCACGUAAUUACUAAGAAUCACCGCAUAAGUGUCCAGCAUGGAGACGGAGCCUGGACCUUGGGGUUGAGAGACGUCAGCCCGACGGACGGAGGGCGGUAUAUGUGUCAAGUGAACACUGAGCCUAUGAUGAGUCAGACUCAUUUACUACAGGUUGUGGUACCGCCUGAUAUUGACGAUGACGUCAGUAGCAGCGAGGUUAUAGUCAAGGAAGCAGAUAACGCGGCCCUGCGAUGUGUUGCCUCUGGAGUUCCCCCUCCAACAGUGACUUGGAGAAGGGAAGAUUCUAGACAUUUCAAAAUUGAUAACCACACUUUAAUAUCAAAACACAGCGGUGAAUGGCUAAAUUUGACUGGAGUUGAACGAGUUACAUCCGGCUCGUAUCUCUGUAUAGCCACAAACGGUAUUCCUCCGUCAGUGAGCAAGAGGAUACAAAUAAACGUCAUGUUCGCUCCUUCCGUGUGGGCUGGCCGGGUGGCUAUACGAGCGUUGGCUCACAGUGCGGCGACGCUCUCUUGCACUUCGGAAGCAUUUCCUACACCAAAUGUAUACUGGAUGCUUAACGGAGAACAGAGGCUUGUUAACGGUUCAAAGUAUAAAAUAAGCAAAAUAAGCCGAGGCUACCGUCAUACCCUGACGCUGCAAGUGAGCGAGAUGACAAGAGAUGAUGCUGGAGCUUACCGCUGUCAUGUUGAAAACAAUAUGGGGAAAGCACAAGCCGAGAUGUUUCUACAUUUAUUGACCACAACCACAACGACUACCACCACUACGACGCCGCCUCCAACCACGACCACACCACCUCCGACCACCACUACUAUGUCAACAUAUGAUGUCGGUCAGUUGGAACAGCUUCAUCGAGGGGUGAUGGAAGACCCUCGCGAAGACACGUACGUCGUCCUCAGUCAACACCAGAUGCAGAACCUUGAAAUGGUAACAACGAUAUGACCGGAGGCUCGCGGCGAGUGGGGCGCGGCGUGGCCCGCUUUGCCAUCCGCCGCGUGCGCCUCACACUCCGCGUACACACUCUCAACCCUCGCCCUGAUACUUCUGUGCUAUGCUGUGAUGCGUUAGGUCAGUGACUUAAGAUGGUGAUAGUGACGUCAAUGUAUUGUUAUUCGAUCGUAAUGUUAGCUUGGAAUAAAAUUCAAACAAAAUAUUUAAGGUGAAACAUUCAAAGCAUAUUUCAGUUUAAUGUGGGGAAGAUGUAGAUACGAUCACUGCUAGUAUCUUUGAAUAUUUCAUUGUUUAUUAUUUGUUUAAUUAUUUCACCCAAAUAUCUCGACAUUUGAUAAAUGUUAAAAACAUUUUGAUAUUAGUUAACAUUUGUUAUGUAAUGUAUCAGAUUGUGGAAUUUAGUAGGAGAAUAGAUAAUAUUUAAUUUGGAUGACUGUACGUGUAAUGCGAUCCACAACGACUGCUAUUAAAUUGAUAUGUAUUAUAUAGUUAAAAAUAACAUAAUAUCCUUGAUUUAAGUAAACGCUGUAAAUAAUAAUCACAAACUAGUCACAUCAGACUAAAAAGAAAACACGCCAUAUUAUGAAAGAUGUAUAAAUGUCGGUUAUGACAGAGUUUAAUUCGCUUCUGGUUGUCUUUGUAUACGUUUUAUGUUUCUAAUGAUUAAGUACUUUUUCGUAAAAUUUAUUUCCUUUGUCGUCAUUUUAAGCCAAUAAAUUGUCUAUCCACUUUAUCAGCCAAACGGCUGGUGAUUGUUUUUUUUUUUUGGUAAUUAAAAUUGAAAUAUAACAUUUGUAUCAAUUGUGGCUUUAACAAUAAAAAUAAUAAUGUAUAUACUAUGUAAUGAAAAUACCUAUAGAAAUUAAAUAAAUUGUAUUUUCUUCUCUAGUAUAACAUUUAAAAUGAAGACAUCUGCCAUGUCUAUGAAAAAUAUAAAAACUAAAUUAAUUUAUUGAAACAUGCAAAGUAAAAUUGUGUUAUUAGCAAUAAAACACAGCACGCAGGACAAACGUUUUAGUUUUAAGAGAAAACAUUUAUUAAGAAUAUCAAAUGUUUGCAUUUUUAUUUCUGAACACAAGAAAAAACUUAUUCACUUCGGUUUAAAUAUUGUCUCAUUUUAAAAGGUCUCUUCUAAUAUUUUGUCGUUUCUAACUGAAACAAUAAUA